UAUAACAAAAGAAAUUAUAUAUAUAAAUAUUUACAUUUCAAUCCCCAAAAAAAAAUUAAAAAAAUAAAAAGAAAAGGCUCAAUUACCCUUUUGCUAAAAUUAAAUUUUUUAUUUUUGCUUUUUAAAGCUCACCCAUAUAAUUCUCACUCAUUAUCUUUGUUGCAUAAAGCUUUCACUCCUUCCUCCUCAUCCUCUCUCUCUGGACUAACACCAACAACACAUACAUAGAAUGUGAAAGGAAUUCCAGAGAAACAAAUAUAAUACUAAUAUAGAGGUAUUCUAGAGAGAGAAAGAAAGAAAGAAAGAAAGAAAGAAAAAAAGAAAGAAAGAGAGAGAGAGACAGACCCACAAGAGAUUAAAUUAGGGCUCCAUCACUCUUUCUCAUAAAAAGAACAAUAUAUAGAGACAGAUCAAAUUCUCAUGUGAUCAUGGAAGGAGGUGAUGAUCUCCACCGGCCAACCUUUCCAUUCCAGCUACUAGAAAAGAAGGAAGAAGAAGCUUGUUCUAGCUCCGGCUAUCCGUCGCUAGCUAUAUCGGCCGACACGAACACCGCCCGAUCAAACUCGACCCUCCAAAUCGCGGCCGCCGAGCCUUCCAAAAAGCCGCCUCCCAAGAGGACCUCAACCAAAGACCGACACACCAAGGUGGACGGACGAGGGCGGCGCAUCCGCAUGCCUGCACUCUGCGCUGCUAGGGUUUUUCAGUUGACUCGCGAGCUCGGCCACAAGUCCGACGGCGAAACCAUCGAGUGGCUACUCCAGCAGGCCGAGCCAGCCGUCAUUGCUGCCACCGGCACCGGAACAAUCCCUGCAAACUUCACUUCACUCAACAUAUCACUUCGCAGCUCCGGCUCAAGUAUGUCCGUCCCGUCCCAACUACGAUCCUCCUCCUACUUCAAUCCCAACUUUUCGAUGCCACAACGACUCAGUUUGUUUCCUGGCAUCGGACUCUCAUCUGACAACUCAUCAACCCUUCUGAAUUUCCAGUCAAACAAUCAGAAUCCGGUGCUAGAAGCGAAACAAGAGUUACGUGACAAUUCAUUGGAGUUACUAGAGGCAGGAGACAAUUUAAGCCGAAAGCGUCGGCAAGAACAAGACUUGUCCUCCCAACAGCAAAUGGGGAACUAUUUAUUACAGUCGAGCACGGGCGUGAUGCCGGCAAGUCACGCCUCAAUUCCGGCGAAUUUCUGGAUGGUGGCUAAUUCCGGUAACCAAGUUAUGGGUGGUGACCGAGUAUGGACAUUCCCAUCAGUCAAUAACAAUCCCCUCUAUAGGGGCACUAUGUCUAGUGGCUUACAUUUUAUGAAUUUUCCGGCUCCUGUCGCACUCUUGCCCAAUCAACAAUUGGGGUCAGAAAUUGACAGCAGUCAUGGUGGCGGCGGCAGUGGUGGUGGUGGUGGUGGUAUGAAUGACGGUCACCUGGCUAUGCUGGCCGGGUUGAACCCUUAUCGGUCAUUCACCAAUACAGGAGUGUCGGAAUCUCAAGCAAGUGGGUCCCACUCACAGCACGGAGUCUAUGAUCGGCAUGAUACUACUACUAGUCACCACUCAUAGAUCAUCCACCCACUUGUGUGUGGUUUGAUGUGUGCACACGUGAGGUUUGAUUUUGCUCAUUGAGUUUCUAAUAUUUCAAUUUUUUGUGUGUGAUUAAUAUUAGGGUUUGAGAAAGACAAUAUUUUUAACAUGGGAUUUGCUGGUUUGAAAGAAAAAAAAAGAAAAAAUUUGGUCUCCUUUGGUUUUUCACUACACCGUAAAUCUCAUCAUAUCAUGAUCAUCAGUGUAAUUCCAUGCCAUGUUAUACAUGUUAUGUUAUAAAUUCUUACUGACUUGUGGAUUAA